AUCCAACUCCUCGUGAUGCGGUCCAUUCUCUAAAACAACGUCCGAGGUGUCUGUCAUGAUGCGAGUAGUCUUUGUCGCCGCCGUCGCCGUAUGUGCCACCAGCACCAACCACCGAUGGGCGCAAGACCCGUGCGUGGACGUGGAAGGUGACGCGCGCUUCUGCUUCGCGUCCUCGAACGUGUGCACCAGCACUCACUCAGGUGAAUGCCCGACGUCGAACACCCACGCCGAAGCCAAAUGUACCGAAGACGCCCCAAGUUUCCAUCCAACGGGAACCUACCAAGGCCGAUGCGUGCUCAAGGUCGACACCCACUGCGUGGAACGCUCUGCCGGCUUCGUAUGCGGCUACAUGGGUGCGCCGCGAUCUGGAGUGGACGCUGUUGGCGUGCCCCAACGAGGAGCAGAACCCGUGCAAGAAGUAGGUGAAGCGAAGCACCCGUUCCAACCUGUCCCCGCAGGCAAGUCGCACCGCCCAUUCCCAUUCGAACCCGACCAUGCGGGCAAAUCGCGCCACCCAUCCGAACCCGACCAGGAGGGUAAACCGCACCCCCCGUUCGAACCCAACCAAGGAGACAAAUCGCACCACCCGUUCGAACCCAACCAAGGAGGCAAAUCGCACCACCCGUUCGAACCCGAUCAAGUGGGCGAAGCGCAGCGCCCAUUCGAGCCCGUCAAAGGAGGCAAAUCGAAGCACCCGUUCGAACCCAACCAAGAGGGCGAAGGUCAAGACCCCGUGCAACCCGACCAAGUGCGCAUAACGUACCACCCGUUCGAACACGACCAAGUGGGCGAAGCGAAGCACCCAGUCGAAGAGGGGGAGAAAGUUCACCAAGCGGUGGUCCAUUCGGAUGCUGCUGCCGUGCCAACUACCAAGGACGAUAUCAAGUUCAGCUCCAACACCGUAGGUAUCACUGUCGGUGUCGUGGGCGUUGCCGCUGUCGCCGCCGUGGCGUUCAUGGCGAUUCGCAAGAAGAACUCGCGCAAGUCAGGCGACAAACCCGACAACCUUGUGACGCCAGAAGUGCCCCACCCCGACCACAAAGCGCCAAACCUUCUCGGCUCUGGCCCGCUCACGCCCUCGCUCAACGCUGAAAAGUCCAAGAUCUUUAGCGUGUAAUUGGGUCGUCCAAGUCUUUUUACGUUAACUUUUUAUCCACCCAGUUGCGUGUGUGUUCCUCACA